UUACAAUGCAAGCACAAAAAGAGGCACCACCAGACAUGCAAUGCAAGGAUAAGUUCCUGCUUCAAAGUGUCGUGGCAGGCCCUGGAACUACGCCUAAGGAUAUUACUCCAGAAAUGUUCAACAAGGAGUCGGGGAAUCAUGUUGACGAGUGCAAGUUGAGAGUGGCUUAUGUUCCACCUCAACCACCAUCACCUGUGCAGGAGGGGUCUGAGGAAGGUUCCUCACCUAGGGCUUCUAUAUCUGAAAAUGGAGCUGAGUUCCACAAUGCUUCAAGGACAUAUGCUGAGCCACAGGACAACUCAUCAGAGGCAAAAGCACUAAUUUUGAAGCUGACAGAGGAGAAAAAUUCUGCAAUGCAGCAAAGUAACAAGCUUCAGCAAGAGCUGGAGUUCUUGAAGCGUGAAAGCAGCAGAAGUCGUGGUGGAAUCCCAUUUAUGUAUGUUGUUAUUGUUGGACUGCUUGGCAUCUUUCUUGGCUAUCUUCUCAAGAAGACAUGAUCACUAAGAGGUUGCUGCUAUAUCGUCAGUGCACCAAGUGUUUAAAAAAUUAUAGAACCUUGAAGAAAAAGGUGACUAAUCCAGUAAAGCUUUGUAUCAUUAGUUGUCUGGUUGACUGAAAUGUACCAAGACAGGUUUUAAUCUGUUUCUGUAAUGUGAGCUCAAGAGCAUCAUCGUGUGAUUAACUGCUUUUGACUUCCUUUGCCAACAUGUGGAGGAGACAUUUUAGUUUGCCAAUUAAGCAUACCUCCUGAUUAUGGGCCUUGUGGCUGCAGCUAGUUUGUCUGUUCACCAAUAGUUAUCAGAGUUGACGUGAUCUUAUUGGUUCACCAAUGCAUAUUACGAACGGUUUUGAUUUA